UUGAAUUCUUUGUUUGAUGGCACGGACUUCAAGCUUGCCUCUUGCCAUGAACCUUCGAACGAUAGGGUUGCCAAGGAAUGUGGAUUUACUUCCCUCUCCAUACGUAUUGUUAACGUUGGUUCACUAAUUUCAUCUUGUUCUUUUUUGUCUGUGUUCAUUUGCAGUAAUAAGUUAUAUGGUUGAUUCUAGUUAGUGGCUAGGAAAGAUCGAAACUUUCAGAAAUUUUAGUUGUGUUAGAUGCAAAUUAGAGCCUAAAUUGAAUGAAAAACUUGCCCGUGUUUAGGGGUAUGAUAGAAUUAAAGGGCAUAAUAUGUGUGGGCAAUUGGCAUUGACCCUGCUCGGCAACUGGAGAUAUUGGGAGAGAUUGCAUGUUCCUCCUCACUGCUAUUAAUUUGCACCCCCGCGGUUACAUUUCACAAACUUAUUAACUUAAAGGGACCAAAUAGUCAAGUCCACAUUUUUGGUAGAAGUUCAUAUCAGAUUUGGGAUAUACUAACCUACAAGCUCCCAAGUCAAUUUUUUUAAAUCAAGAAGUUCCUAAGUCAUAUAUAGAGUAUUAAGAAGGUGAACCUGCAUUUGUUUCUAAUAUAGCUAUUAGAAAUUUGAACUAUAACAGAAGUUUGAUCUGUCCAAAAAGAAAAAAGAAAAAUCUUCAAUGAAUUUUUUUAAUUCUAGGUAUUUGAUCUAUUAAUCUUGACACCUCUAUUGAUAUUUUUCCCAAAUCAUAUAACUUGCUAAGGAACAUAGGAUAACGAGCAGCUAGAGCUAUCUCCUCUAAAAGCCUUAGAUGAUUCUUAUUUGUUAAGCAAAACCAUUAUAGCAAUGUUUCGGAUAAUUGCAUGUGGUCCUAUCUCCUAUGACACAUUCAGGUAUCAAGUUUGAAACUCGGGGGAGUAUGGCCUGCCCUUCUACCCUAUUUCUAACUUAAAUAUCAGGCUUUUGUUCACGGCAGGAUUCAAACCUGUGACUUGCUCCUAACCCAUACUUCAUGAACUACAUCCUUACCUUUGAACCAAAGCCCUUGCUGCAGACCAUUGGAGCAAUGCAGAAGUAGGCUAUCGUGAAAUUGUGAUUCUACUCUGUCUUGGUCCUAUCUAGCUUAAAUGCCAUUGCGGGUCUCGGUAUUUGACUGGCAUCUUCCACAUUCGCAUGAUACUGCUGAUAUUUCGAACCAAAAUACAAUUAGGGUGUGGCUAAUUUUGGUUUCUGCAAAAGAAAGUGAAAUGCUGCAAGCGUCAGCUAUCCAUUUAACAUGGCCAGCAAAUCUUUGGAUAUAAUGGAGAGGACUUCUGUAUGGAAUGAAAGUUCUAUAAUCAGGAUGUUGAACUUGGUCUAUGCUAAUAAAGAGAGCACAUAGAUUGAAAAAAAUUGAAACUGUGUAAGCAAAUUUCAUAAAAAUAAACAUGUUGGAUUUUCUUCUAUGAAGAGGAAAAUCUGGCUAAUGUUUGUUGAGUAAUUGACUUUUAGUGAAGUUUGUUUCUCUCUCUCUCUCUCUCCAAGUGAUACUAACCUCAUCUUCUCACUCAGGAAUUGGUAACUUUAAGUUCCUGUCCCCUGCAAAAGUCACCUGAAAUUUCAAAUGCAGGGAAGCAUCUCUCUGCAGUUGAAUUCCACUCUGUCCUUCACAAUAUUGAACGAAUGUGCAUAUUUCUCUGGCAGCUGUUUAAUUCUCAGUAUUUUAUUAGGGAACUCUCAGGACAAACUGAUUCCAAGCAGCAAUAACGGAAUAGUCCUGAUGGAUGCAAGGAAUUUAUAUGAGACUAGAAUCGGGAAGUUCUAUACUCCAAAUGUGGAGACUUUGGAUCCAGAAAUCCGGCAGUACAGCGACCUUCCUUCUUGGAUAGAUAAUAACUCUGAGAAGUUGCGUGGGAACAAUAUUCUUAUGUAUUGUACUGGAGGAAUUAGAUGCGAGAUGGCAUCGGCCUAUAUCAGGUCUAAAGGUGCCGGCUUUGAAAAGGUUUUCCAGCUUUAUGGUGGGAUUCAACGAUAUCUGGAGCAAUUUCCUGAUGGUGGUUUUUUCAGAGGAAAGAAUUUUGUCUUUGACCACAGGGUUUCAGUUGGAAGUUCAGAUUCAAGAAUUUUGGGUACUUGUCUUCUCUGUAAUUCUCCAUUUGAUGAUUACUCCUCACGGAGCCGGUGCACAUACUGUAGGAUGCUUGUAUUAGUCUGUGAUAAUUGCCGGGAGAAGGAUUCUUCUUAUGUUUGUGAACUAUGCCGGAAAAACAGCCAGUGUAUUCAGCUAACUUCAGCAACAGAUUUUGACAACUCAGUGGAAAUAUCAGAAGUCGCAGAGCUUGAAGCUGUCUCUACUUCAGACAGAGUAGCAGUACCUGCCUUGGUUUCAGGACCCAAGACAUUGCGAAAAUUGAGAAUUCUUUGCCUUCAUGGUUUUCGCCAGAAUGCUUCUGGUUUCAAAGGUAGAACUGCAUCUUUAGCCAAGAAACUCAAGAGCAUUGCGGAGCUAGUUUUUGUGGAUGCACCCCAUGAAUUGCCUUUCAUUUAUCAAAUUCGUCAAAACUGCGAUUCUGCAUCAGAACUGGAAAAUAACCAUCCACUUUCAGAGAGUUGCAAUAAAAAGUUUUCAUGGUUAGUUGCACCUGAUCACAAGGGGGAGAACGAUUCUGAUUGGAAGAUAGCUGACAGUCCAUUUGAUCCUCUUCAGUACCAGAAACAAACUGAAGGUUUCGAUAAAUCAAUUGCAUAUUUAAAAGCCUUAUAUUCUAAAGCAGGACCAUUUGAUGGGAUACUGGGUUUUUCACAAGGAGCUGCAAUGGCCGCUUUAGUUUGCCUGCAUCAACAGAAGCUAAUAGGAGAGAUGGAAUUCAGAUUUGCGAUCCUGUGCUCUGGAUUUGCUGUCAAUAUGAACAAUUGUCAGCAAGGAUCAAUCAAUGUUCCUUCACUUCAUAUAUUUGGCAGCGACAAGGGUAAAGAUAGGCAGAUAGCGAAUGAAGCUAGUAGACACCUUGCUUCUGUGUUUGAGAAUGGCUGCUCUGUUGUUAUUGAGCAUGACUUUGGUCAUAUAAUUCCAACACGACCUCCGUAUAUAGACCAGAUAAAAGAUUUCCUCAAACGUUUCCUGUAAGUUAUUUACCUAACGUAACUCGGGCUUCGAGUCAUUGAUCAAUAGAGCCUUGAUGCACACCAUCUUUUGCUGUAAGAGAUUUGGGAUUAUGCUAGCUUGUACCAUAUGUUACAACUUGAUGUUUGGCAUAUUUCGAUAUGUGUUGAUGUUACUUUACCCAUGUUUUAACCA